AUAACCGUUACGCAGGUUGGAAAAGUUGUUCCAAAACAUGGGAAUCUUGAGACAAAUACAUAUCGUUUUUGAGGAUGAUGUUGCUGAAUUUUCUCACGGUGGCGUCAUCAAGGGGGCGGUUGUUCUGGAUGUGGACGGGGACAGAGACUUGGGCUUGCAGAGAGUUAAAGGAGUGUGGAUCCAGUUUAAGGGCGUGGCUAAAAUCGAAUGGACGAAUACGAGCUACAACCGCACUUCUGGCACGACAGAAUCCGACUUUCACACACAGCGAGAGGACUAUCUCAAAAAGACUAUUGUGUUAUUUGGAACAGGGCGGUUCGACCGCGACAUCGACAACCUAAGCAUUCCUCCGGGUCGGACCAGCCACCCCUUCGCCUUGCCCGUCCCAAGCGAGCCCCUGUUACCACAAUCUUUCCAGGGCAUCUAUGGGUACAUACGGUACACCGCUACGGCUACAGUGUCGGUCAAGAGGAUGCGCGUAAACACGGAGACAAAAACGACCAGGCCGUUCAUCAUGACGGGGCCCAAAGUGGAUCUUAACAUCAUUCCCAGCAUAGAGACACCAGUAAAGACCAGAAUCUCUCAGAGCGACUGCUGCGGCUGCGGAACCAUGGUAGAGAGAGUCAUCACCAUCGGCCUGCCCAAGCGUGGUUACGUCACCAAUGACGUCAUAUACGUCGUCGGGAAGAUCGACAACCGGGACGGCGAAGAAGAAAUAUUUUUCGAUGCAACUCUAGUCCAGAGAAUCAUUUUCACGUGCGGAAAGCACACGCGCACCAAGGAAUACUCCCUUUGCAGGGCCAGUAAAUCAGUCACAUGUCUCAGGGGCUGGGUGACAGAUUUCAAGGUGGGCCCCUUGCAUCUGGCCACAUCGGGCCCGCCCUCCGGUGUGCCUGGGUGUGAUCUGAUCGAUGUCGAGUACUAUGUUAAGUGCAGUGGCUGUAAAUUCACGAAGACGUUUCCGGUGAUUGUUGGCACCGUACCUAUCCGAGGUGCUACCCCGGCACGUCCCACGGCCGAUUCCUUUGUACCUGUACCUGCUGACACUGUGGCACUGCACGGUACUAGAGCGGUCCAUGCACCGAUCACCACAGACGGUUCGUCCAAGGAGUCCUCGGACGAAUCGGAACCAGACGAAACGAAAAGGCUUUUCAGAGCUUCACCUCCAGACUAUGACUUUGACAGCUUAUCUCCACCGAACUACCAUCAAGUCAUGAAAACCUUUCAGAGUCACUGA